CAGCCGGCAGGCACGGCAGGCACGCUUUUGCUGGAUGGGAGAAGCGGCAGCUUGAAGGCUCACCGAUGUUGUCAUGCCUUUGGCCGGGGUUGAAAGAGCAACUGUUGACCUGUUGACACCCAUCCAGCCCUCUACUCACAGCGUGGCUGAAAUCUUAAUGACAAGAAGUAGGAAGCUGGCUGCCAUUGGAGUUCAUCUGUAGAUUCUGAAGGAGUAGCCAGAACCUAGAGUGAUAAAACCAUCAACUCUUGAUCUAGAGCCCAGUUUAGAACAAAGCUCUGGCAACCACCGUUUGAUAUUGCAACGUCUCUUUGCCCCCUUGACGUGACUAUCCUUCCAAAGCUGGUUUUGAAGGUUGCAUGCAAUAUCCUGCUCUUGACCAUUGUGGAUAUAAAAUGAGGCCUCUGUCCCCAGGCGAAGGACUUUCCCCUCUUGGGCUGCUCAACCGAGGGCCAGGUUACCUCCGUAAGCAGCUGGAGGUGAGCACCGGGGGACGGACCCCAAGCGCAGUGGAAAGACUGGAGGCCGAUAAGGCCAAAUAUGUCAAAUCCCAGCAAGUGAUCAACAGUCGUCAAGAGCCCGUAUUGCUCUGCUACACCUUCCAGUCGUCCCCUUGCGGCAGGAGACCUUUGACCCUCCAGCAAAAAAAUGAGUUCUUUCAGGUAGGCCAAGAUGGCCUUGAGCUGAAGAAGCCGCCUCCUUCUCCUCAGUCACCCAUUGCACGCAGAGGGGGUGGCAGGCGCAUGCUGAGGCCUGAUUCUCUUGUCAUCUACCGGCAGAAACGAGACUGCUCAGUUGUCAACAAAGAGAACACCAAGGGUUACAGCCUAGUGAGAUGGCUGUUUCAGGGGGCCCUGACUCUGAGAGAUGGUCAUAGUGCCUCCCCUUCCUCCAGGGGCAUGUUGGGAGACGGGCAGCUGGAAGUCACACAAGAGGAGACUCCGAUGGUUUGGGUGCCAGCAGAAAAGGAGGGAGCAAGAACUGUAAGUCCAGUAGACAUUGUAGUGAGGACAUCGGCGGGACAUGCCUCUGAAUGUAGCCUGGGACACCAGCCUAGCUCCCAGCUGGAUAUGGAUCAAACCUCUUCCUCUGCGAGCCCAAGGCCAACGGACUCCAAGAGAGAGCUGGUGCUGAGUUACUCUCUCCCUCUCUCAGAGAAAGAGCGUUUUUUUAACUACUGCGGCUUGGACCGGAAGCUGGUGGAGGUUUUGGGAGCAGAGCAAUUCAAACCCGGGAACUGGGAAACAGGACCCUCCUGCGUGCUCCUGGGAAGCAUGGGGUCAGCCAGUUCUGAGGAUGACUGUCUCUCCCUCAGCGAAGAGGAGGUGCCCGCUGAAGAGCUGGACGAGAAGCCACUCACUUCAGUCUCUGUUGUUGAGCGAAAUGCCCGUGUCAUUAAAUGGCUGUACAGCUGCCAGCAGGCCCUGUCUGUGGCCAAAGAGUCCACAGUAUGAACAGAAAAAAUGCCUCAAAUACAGUUCUUGUCACAAAGAGGGGAGGGCUGGCUGGUUGGGCCUCUGUGUCCCUGUAAACUUGCAAGGGCAGUCAUGUGCCUGUGUGAGGGCCCAGUUCUUAUUUUGGGGGAAAAGCAGCAUUUCCUUCAUGGGAAGCUGAGCAGGGAAAGACCGGAUGUCUGUAGCCAGGAGUGGCCCUCACCGUGGCAUUGAGGUGCAGGGUAUAUGUAGGACGGAUGCUGUCAAACAGACCCAUAUUGACUGUAUACAUGAGAGAGCCUGUGUGGUGUAGUGGUUAGAGUGCUGGACUAGAGCCUGGGAGACCAGGGUUCAGAUCCUUACUCAGAUAUGAAGGUCACUGGGCAACCUUGGGCCAGUCACUCUCUCGUAGCCUAAAAUACCUCACAGGGUUGUUGUGAGGAUAAAAUGAGGAGGGUAAGAACCAUGUGGGCCACCUUGAGCAGAAAGGAAAGGUGGGACAUAAAUGCAAAUAAUAAGAGACAUAUUGCCGUGGAGUUCUCCAGCUGUGAGUGGAGAUUACCAACAGAAAGAGACCACAUUCUACAAGAGAGGUGGGGAACCUGUGGCUCUCCAAAUGUUGCUGGACUACAGCUCCCACAAUCCCUGGCUCUGAUGCGGGCUGAUAGGAGCUGAAGUCCAACAAUAUCUGGAGGGCCAUAGGUUUCCCAUUCCUAGAGCGGGAUAAAUCUUUUCCUUUUCCUUCUACAGUUAUCCAGAGUUGGUGUGGUAUAGUGGUUAGAAUGUUGGAAUUGGACAAAGGAGGCUUGGGUUCAAAUCCCCACAUGGCAUGAAUCUCACUGGGGGGCUAGUCACAUGCUUUCUGCCUAACCCACCUCACAGGGUUGUUAUGAAGAUACAACCAGAUGGCAUAACCUCCAAGUCCUAUAGAGGAAGGAUGCGAUGCAGAUGUGAUUAACAGGAGAUCAUAAAGCCUUAUUAGAACCCAGAUAUCCCAUGGGAUAACCUCCAGGUUCCAUGAAGGAUGUAAUGAAAAUGUUGAUUAACAGGAUACAUAAGUAGUAUCACUAAUCGUUGCUCAGGCUUGGCCCAUCUGUGUUUACGAGCAAUCAGCUGUUGGGGAACAUCUCCCCCCCCACACUGCUGGUGGGGUGCACACAAGUGUCAGUUCAGGCUGGGUGAUUUUUGUGUGGUCUGGGCAAAACACUUUGUGGUUGCUAGACAAACAGAGAUCUAACCUUUGGCACAUACCCCUGGUGAGUCACUCCAUGGAAUGAAACCUGAGCCCUAUCCAUUCUGGCACAGUCUCUAAGGCAGGCUCCAGCCCUCUACCUGAUUCCAUUUCCUUGCAUGCCUUCCUUUCUCAGAUGUUCUCCAGAUAUUCAAAACCAAAAUCACAUUUGUAUCCCUUUCCUUGGUUGCAAGACUAGCUGUGAUGGCCCAAGGCUGAUUGGGUUAGCUUUAUGAAUAGGUAUUAAAAGAUGAGCUCAACCUAUUUGUCAGUAAACAGCUGUGAACAUUAGAAGAGUCCUGCUGGAUCAGGCCAAAGGCCCACCUAGUCCACCAUCCUGUUCUCACUGUGGCCAGCCAGAGACCUAUAGUAAGAGGGACCUGAGUGCAACAGCAACUCUCCCCACUUGUGAUUCCCAGAAAAUGGUAUUCAGACACAUAUUGUCUCUGACAGUGGAGGUAGUACAUAUCCAUUGUAGCUAACGGUCCACAGACUGAUGACUUUUGAGGGACACUCCACAACUCUUGAGGCCAACUAAUGCCUUCUUUGCAAUUAAGAAAUGUUACCCCAUUUCUGAAUUCUUAAUAAA